AUGACAACACAAACAUGGCCCUCAGUCACGCCAGUGCACAUAUCAAAAAACAUUUCUAUAUCAUCAACAUUGACGCCGGACGCCAACAACCCACUUCCGCAACUCUUACACACCCCAUCCGGCCUAGCAAUCCUCGAACUACAAGGGACCAUAAACUUUCCCACAGUCACUGCACCCGAAGGAUCAUCUCCUCCGGACACCAACGCCUCUACAGAAGUCGGUCGCUUGGCAUUUCCUCACUACACAGAAGGCGUCUCGGAUCCAAAUGGCGGAGCAUGGAUGAAAAGGGUGUACUUCUACAUUGGCAGGCAUCAACGCAUGACCGGUGAGAUCAAGAAGCUCGGCAAGCCUGUGGCAGUGUUGAGGAAAGCGGAAGGCAAGGAAGACGGCUCGGUUGAAGUGGUAGAGAUUGUGAGGUACAAGAUUCUGUUUGGUAGUCGACCGGAACCUGUCAGCGAGGAGUGA